ACCCACUUUCUCCCAGCAGAAAAAAAAAAGAGGGCGACCAGAAACAUCACCGUGAACUGUGAAGUUACUUCCAUCAGAGGUACAUCCUUGGGUCAUCGCGAGCCAUAGCAUCCCAACUCCCAUUUCUCAAGUCCCAAGUUCCCAAACCAACCUGCACUACACUACGGAUACCCAACCCGACCUCAUCAGCUCAAGGUGUGCACCAGCUCAAGCUCCACCUCCACACUUUUGCUUCAGGUCCUUGCCGCUACAGCAAACCGAGGUAUCCGUACAGCUACAUACAAAGCUACAGCUGCGAAUACACGGUACCCGACUACGCACCCAGCCAGGUACCUCGCAACUCUGACGGCUACAUCACCUCACGCGCUUCACCUCAACCUCACCUCAAAGAAUACCUACUUACGCAGACCGAAAAGCUCUGAGAGCUUCAAGGUCAACGACAAUCCCAAGGUGAGCAGCAACCAACGCUACAAACGCGCUGCCGCCGCCCACCCUAUUGUCGCGCAUCUAUCCGCACCUACACCACUUUGACGUUGCCGCAACCGCAAGGGAACGGACAUCUCCACCAUCGUCGCCCGUCAUUGUCAAUCACCUCACCUCACCUCAUCUCAUACCUCAUCAUCGUUCACAGAGCCUUCCAUCUGGCAUUGACGCUGUCGCUGUCGCCAUAGCUGCGGUCGUCACCACACUUGCCUCACUUGCGCGCCGUCAAUUUCACGCACCUCCAUCUCUUUCCGCCUUUGCCACCACGUAUUACACACGCAUCACUCACUGGACCUAUCUCAUCAACGUCCACCACUUUUCUAAUUCUUUGCCUUCCCUGCAGACGUUGGCUACGUCUUACCUCAUUAUACACGCAUACCUACACACCGAAUCGCGUCGCAAUAAGGCACUCCGUAUCCGAAUCUUCCUAUCUGUCUCUGCUCCAUCUCUCACUUUCUCUCUCACCCUCUCUCGCCAUCGCCUGUCCAGAAACCGGUUCGAGACAGCUUUCAUUGCUCUUCUCGCUCUCCAUUACCUACUCCUAGCCUUCUCCGCCCAUACGGAUAUACGCGCCCCAUUUAGGAUCGCCGUCCAUUGUUGAUUGACCCUUGAUCCGAGGAACCGCCACCGACCACCAGCUGCACCCAACUCUUACGCGCAAACCAACAAGCAACGCACGGCACAUCUCGCGCACUGCCUCCAGCUGCCUGUCUACUCGUGUCUACUUGCGCCUGUCUAUCUGAACCUCGACGUCUUUCACGGAUACAUCACGCUACCUCUUGCUGGCUCCGCCGCUACUUGUCACUACCUACCUGCCAGACCUUAUCUCGCGAUACACCACACACACCUCACUUCACCUACCUUACCUGGUCUGCUUUACUUGGACUCCUUCACUUGAUUACCUUGUACCGGGAAAGAGCAAGGGCAACGCAACUUUCGGUACCUUCCGUAUCUCUAUUUCUUAUUUGUGAGCCUUCCACCGCUUCCUGCCUUCCGGAGUGCCGUCAUUCGCACUUUGUUCCCCACACCGAAAGGGAAAUCACCCAUUCCUUCCCGCCAACGAAUACCGCGCGCCGCGUCGCUCUAUGCCGCAGCAGCGCACCUUCCUUCACCUGACGUCCAAUUACCUGACGAUUACACCUUUCACCUGCUUGCACACCUGAGCCUUCCAGGUUUUGCCAGCCUCUCCUCUCCAGUCUCCAGGUCCGGCCGUUCCCUGCCGUCCAUUACGAAGAUCCACCUGGUUUUCGCUGUUAUCGUUGCUCACCUCACUGAUUGCUGCACUGCCGCCUGAGGUGCUCGUUUUAUUUUUAUUUGGUUUCCUCUUAUUUCCCUUGUCGCGUCCCGUACGUCGCUUUCGGUCGCCCGCACCACACAUAUUCGCACCGCCCGCGCGCGCACACACUGAACGAGAGUCCUGGACCAAGAGCAAGACCAACACAGUACCUACCUUCCUUACCUUACGCAACGCACCUGCCACCCGACCCGAACCAGCCAGGUCAAUUGGAACCACAAGGCAGGCACGCCGCACCGCCGCACCACACAACCCGGCAGUAACCACCCCCAGAAAAAAGAGUACUUGAAGCAAACACGUCCUCGGCCUCGCGCGCCUUGUAUCUUUGUCCCCCUUUAUUCUCGCCUCUACCUCGCACCAUCCCUCCCUCCCUCCCCCCUUCCACCUUCCCCCCUCCCACUCCCACUCCCACUCCUUCCCAUCCUUUUCUACCUCGUCACUUCGUCACCUCACCUCAUCCCUCCCAUCCAUCGGUCAUCCCCUCCCCCCCAAAAAAGCCCAAAAAAGCCCUUCCCAACCCCGGGCGUGUGCGUGACCCGCUUCUUGUCUUUUGCGACUCAGGCUUGGUCCAAGUCUCUCUUCCACCCCCCGAGAGAGCAGAGACCAAAUAUUCCCCAUCCAUCAACCCGUCGGUUUAUGCAUCGUUGUUGAGUUAAUACUACCACUACAUUGCCCGUAAGUACCUGCACCCUAUUUCCUAUGUUCCUUUUCACCCGUUGUCCCGAUUGAGGAUCAAAUCACCACUUGUACCUCAAUCAUGGAAUCGUCGCGCGCAUACAGAUACACUUGGCUUCAUCCGCGUUGAUGCUAUUGCGCGUCUCUUUCUCAUCGAGGCUCGCUCGUGUUGUCGACGCCCUCUCGUCAAAGUUUUUCUGCCUCACCGCGUCUUCGCAAGCACGUCUGUGAAUCCUCCCCCGAUAAGCAACGCCUUGCUUUGCGCGCGCAUUCGACUGCUUCACUCUUCCUGUCUGUCACUUCAAUCAUGUUCCAUCUCAUACUUUCGUCUUCAUCGCGCCUUUGAGGAUUCUAUCGGACGCUGAGUUCUAUCAUCACCGUUGUCUUCGCCACACACAAUGGCAGUCAUGUACCCUUUUUUUUCCCUCUCGUCGGAAAGCGCCCGUGUCGCGUUCGCGCCUCACGUCCCGGCACAGCGCGGGCCCCGCCCAUGACUCUGGCGCAACAGCUUUUUUUUUUUUAUCUUUUGUUUCUUCGGGUCGCGAAUCAAUUGACCAUGGUACACACGGUACUAACCUUUGGACCUCUUGUUAGAUCAUGCAGCAGUGGCAAGUCGGCCCCGUGCCGGAGUACAUCUACUCCAACUCCACCCAUCAGCCUAGCGACAUGCAUCCUCAACACCCCUAUCAGCAGGACAUGUCUCGUCGGGAUCAGCACCCACAGUUCCAGUACGGAGCGCCGCCUCACCAGAGCCCGGCACCGCAGCAUCACCAGCCCACUCCGGUCCAGCCUCCGAUGAGUGUGCCUCAGCCGCCUCAGCCGCCCCAGGCCCAGCCCCAUCCUCAGCAGCAACAGCACCACCAGCAGCAGCAGCAUCACCAGCAGCAGCAGCAACAGCAGCAGCAGCAACAACAGCAGCAUGCUGUCCAACCCCCGCCUCAGCCGCAGCCGACGCCCAGAAACCGCAAGCGUCCGGCCCCGGCCCCGGCUCAACAGGCCCCGCCGGUCACUAGCGCCCCUCCCAUGCCGCCCGCUCCCGUUGCGCCCACCGCUACCCCCAUCCCGCCGCCUCAGAUCAACCCUCCCGUUGCCGCUCCUCCUCCCCAGGCUCAGCCCGCCGCCACGGAAGAUGCCAACGCCCAGGCUCCUCAGCCUCCCCCGGCCAAGAAGAGCCGCACAAACACCCCCUGGACUCCGGCCGAGGAGCUUCGCCUGAAGCAGAUGAGAGAUGCCGGCAGCAGCUGGGCCGAGAUUGCCAAGACGUUCCCUACUCGCACCGAGGGUAGUGUCAAGAAGCAUUGGUACAAGGACAUGCACUACGCAGAGUUCGCGGAAGACGAGAGCCAAGCACUCCUCAAUGCCAUCAAGGAGUACGAAAACAACAAGUGGAAGGUCAUCGGGCAAAAGGUCGGCAAGCCCGCCAAGGCUUGCGAACAGUACGCCAAGGAGCACUUUCCCGGUAUGCCCUCUCUCAACAUCACGUCGGUACGGCCGCAUCCACAUCAACGAUACUAAAUGAUUCGUAGACCUCUACGCCAAGCCGACCAACCGGUAGAGGAACCUCAGCUCCAUCGGCGGUUCUGAGGAUACUCGGGAGAUGGGCAACACUGCGAAACGGCGCUGGGAGUGUCUCGAUGCGUUGGGAUAUACCAAAUGUGUUUCUUCUUUCUCGUUCUGACGAUCACAACGACCCGGACUCGAAAAAAAGACGAUUCCCCCUUUGCACUUGUUAAUUUUUUUCCUUGUUUCUUUUAUUUGGAGGCUGGACUUUAAUACUUUUUACCCCCUACGUCUCAGCUCCACGUCUCCGGCACGGUCACUUCUGGUCGAAAACUUGUGGCUGCGGCGGAUGUGGGGGAGAUGGGUCUAUCAGGAGUGUUGGCCCUCAUGUACGACGGUUAUGCCCUUGCGGGGCUUGCCUGUUAUCAGUGUGCUCUGAGUUUCAUAGCACAACACGAAAAGGAAGUUGAGUGAUGGCGGGUGAUUGCCAUACCCGUUUGAGAGAUGGUCUGCGCGUGCGCACGUAUGCGGGAGGACCUUCUGUAUGGUGUUGAUGUGUGCGGAGGGUUUUCCAACACAAGUCAUCGGAAACCCACCUUUUAUGCCAUGUCUUAAUUGCCAGAGGAGAAGAGGAUAUAAUGAUGUAUGGACGAGACUGAUUGAAGAGGUCAGUCGAGGAAGUCCAAGGACACAUCACACACAAAAAUAAGUUGCUUGCUUGGGAAAGGUGUCAUGGCAGGAAGGAUGAAGGAAUCGGUUACCGGGAUUGUGAAAUUGUUUCGAUUCAUGACGAGUCUAUACCCUUUUAGUGUGAGAGAAUUUGUGUUUUUGUUGUCGUCGUCGGGUCUGCGAGAGGACUUGGUGAAGAUGGACUCUGUAUGAUGAGUGAGUAAUUGAGGUUAUUGACUAUUGAAAUUGUUUGAUGCGAC